UGUUUCUUUCUUGCUUAGAUAUCAGAGUGCACCCACGUUUGGAACCCAGACUUUGCUAGAAGCAAUAGAGAAGAGAAUAAAGUGGCAUUCGUAGAAGCAGAUGUCUCAUGUGAGAUGAAGAAGAACAAGAAUAACAUCAAGCUCCAUUUUUCUCGUCUCUCACUUUUCAUCCUCAUUGUUGGGUUCUGCUCAUGCGAGCAGCAGAAUCCCAUUUCGAGCUAUGGAGGUCUCAGUGACAAAGAAGUGUUGUACAUCAGGCAGCGCCAGCUUCUGUAUUACAGAGAUGAGUUGGGUGACAGAGGGGAAAAUGUCACUGUCGACCCGUCUCUUGUUUUUGAAAACCCCAGGCUCAGAGAUUCUUACAUAGCUUUACAAGCUUGGAAGCAAGCUAUUCUCUCCGACCCUUCUAAUUUCACCGGUGAUUGGGUUGGAUCUGGUGUUUGUGAUUACACGGGGGUGUUCUGUGCUCCUGCUCCUGAUAACAAGACAAUCAGGACCGUCGCCGGCAUUGAUCUGAACCAUGGUGAUAUUGCCGGGUACUUGCCGGAGGAACUUGGGUUACUCACUGAUCUUGCAUUGUUCCACAUCAACUCCAAUCGCUUUUGUGGCACCGUUCCGCAUAAGUUUAUCAGACUGAAGUUACUGUUCGAGCUGGAUCUUAGCAAUAAUAGGUUUGCUGGUAAGUUCCCCCAAGUGAUUCUCAAGCUGCCUUCACUCAAGUUCUUGGAUCUGAGGUUCAACGAGUUCGAAGGAACCGUACCCAAAGAACUGUUCGACAAGGACUUGGAUGCCAUUUUCAUCAACCACAACCGCUUCAGGUUCAACCUUCCAGACAACUUGGGCAACUCCCCUGUUUCAGUUAUUGUGUUGGCCAACAACAGGUUCCAUGGAUGUGUGCCGUCCAGCCUUGGUAACAUGACUGGUCUCGAGGAAAUCAUUCUCAUGAACAAUGGGUUGAGAUCUUGUUUGCCUGAGGAAAUUGGUGCGCUUAAAAACCUUACUGUUUUCGAUGUUAGUUUUAAUGAGUUGAUGGGUCCUUUGCCAGAGAAAAUUGGGCAACUGGUGAGCCUCGAGCAGCUUAAUGUGGCUCAUAAUAGGCUAUCGGGGAAAAUUCCGGCCAGUAUUUGUCAGUUACCGAAGCUGCAAAACUUCACAUUCUCGUACAAUUUCUUCACUGGAGAGCCGCCGGUUUGCUUGAACUUGCGAGCUUUUGACGACAGAAGAAAUUGUUUGCCUGCCAGACCUUUGCAAAGAAGCGCAGCUCAAUGUAAGUCUUUCUUGUCUAGGCCAGUGGACUGCAGUUCGUUUAGAUGUGCUCCUUUUGUUCCUUCCUUGCCACCCCCUCCCCCUCCCCCGCCUUCUCCCCCAGUCGUUUUGCCACUACCACCUCCACCACCACCGGUUUACUCUCCACCUCCACCAUCACCGCCACCUCCAGUUUACUCGCCUCCCCCACCACCACCCCCACCUGUUUACUCGCCUCCUCCACCACCACCACCUCCACCUCCACCUGUUAACUCUCCACCGCCUCCACCACCGUCACCUCCCCCGCCCUCACCUCCACCACCUUCACCCCCACCCCCUACUUAUCCAUCACCACCGCCACCUUCACCCCCACCACCUACGCCUGUUUAUUGUGUGAGGUCCCCGCCUCCUCCGCCACCAAAUUCACCGCCUCCACCACCUCCAUUAUUUUCCCCGCCGCCACCAAUUCCUUACUACUAUAGCUCCCCUCCACCACCAAUUCCUUACUACUAUAGCUCCCCUCCACCACCACCGCCUCCACAUUCACCUCUAGCACCUAUUUAUUCAUAUUUAUCGCCGCCACCACCACCUGUUUAUUCCCCACCCCCUGUGGUUCACACCCCACCACCACCUUCACCUACACCAUGUAUAGAACCGCCUCCUCCCCCACCCCCUCCACCACCAUGUGUAGAGUACUCACCGCCACCACCAUCGCCACCUCCCCCAAUACAUUACAAGCCACCCCUGUCUCCUUCACCACCGCCACCCGUUGUAAAGUAUUCCUCACCACCACCACCAGUUCAUUACUAUUCACCUCCACCACCGCCAGUUAUUUAUGAAAGCCCGCCACCUCCAGCUCCUGUGUAUGAGGGGCCAUUGCCACCGGUAAUUGGUGUAUCAUAUGCUUCACCUCCUCCACCACCUUUCUAUUGAUUCUUUUGAGAAUUUCUCCCCUCUAACCUUCUACACAAACCACAAAA